AUGUCUAACGAUACAAAAUCAGCCAGUUUGAACGCAAACUCAUCUCGCUCGUGGUUUCGGAGUGCUGAUGAUGUAAAAAUUGAAAUUGGUUUCGGGGUUCCAUUGGGAGCUAUGUCUGCGCAUCCGGCGUUUCAUUCGGCUUGGGACGUGGGAUGCCCUAGUUCCGGGUUCCACCAUAUGGCCAGGAUGAUGGAUCGCAUGAUGGCUGAAAGUAUGCAGCCGUUUGGAUUUGCGAGGGUGAUGAGUCGUCGCGGUGAUAGAAAGGAUAGUGAACCUCCCAGGGACGGCAUGAAGCCUGAUAGAAGUGACGCGAGACGAGAACGCGCGAAUCUACCACAUACUCACGAUGGAUCUGGCACAAGGCAUCCACCCACUCAAGUUGUCCGACCGACACCCGUCAACAAAUUCCAAGAAACCACAUUCGACCAAACGCAAGCCAAGCAGACCGAUCCUACCACGGAAAAGUGGGCGACGACACUUCGCAAGCGAGACCCUGACAUUCAACCUUCGCUACCAUCCAUCAUCAACCGGAAGACGUCCUCGUCUUCCAUGGGCAGCGGGAGGAAAACCCGUUCAGUAGAGAGAACUCCAAGAAGAAGGCACUUGGUCCCAAUAAAACCAAUACCGAGGAAAUCUGAUGUUUCCGCCGAUGGCGAUGCUCUGCUAGAGAGGGAUGAAAAGGUGUUUGAUGCAACUGGUUACGAGAUCCACUUGGUUGAAACCCUGGAAAGGGAUAUCUUGCAGAAGAACCCAGCUGUGCGCUGGAAGGACGUAAUUGGGCUGGACGACGCAAAGUCUGUUCUUCAAGAGGCUAUGGUUCUACCACUUGUUAUGCCGGAUUAUUUUAAGGGUAUACGAAGACCUUGGAAAGGUGUGCUGCUAACAGGUCCUCCUGGCACUGGGAAGACACUUUUAGCACGGGCGGUCGCUACGGAAUGCCGAACGACAUUCUUCAACGUAUCUUCUGCUACUCUUACAUCCAAGUAUAGGGGGGAUUCUGAGAAACUCGUUAGGCUGUUUGAUAUGGCUGCCUUCUACGCUCCCAGCACAAUAUUUCUAGACGAAGUGGACUCGUUGUGUGCAGUCCGUGGUGCGGACUCGGAGCACGAAGCCUCGAGACGUUUCAAAGCGGAACUUUUAAUACAAAUGGACGGUCUAGCGGCGCCAUUUAAUCAAGAUAAAGUCGUGAUGGUCCUCGCAGCCACUAACCACCCGUGGGACAUCGACGAAGCAUUCAGGCGACGGUUUGAGAAAAGAAUUUACGUGGGCCUUCCUGAUGAAUCAACACGAGUUAAACUGCUCAAGUUAUGUCUCCGAGAAGUGGCGCUGGCCGAUGAAGUGAAUCUAUCAGAUCUUGGUGCUAAAUUGGAUGGCUACAGUGGAUCCGAUAUUUGUAACUUGUGCAGGCCAAACUUUCUCAAUCUCCUCCCCAGAGAUGCCUCAAUGAUGACAAUGCGCCGCAAGAUAGCAGGGAAAAGUCCAGAACAAAUCCGUCGCUUGAAGCGCUCCGAACUGGAAGCUCCGGUCUCCAAAGCCGAUCUAGAGGCUGCAAUAGAAAAGACCAGGCGCACAGUCACCCAAGCAGAUGUGGCGCGUUAUUCCUCGUGGAUGCAGAAGCACGGCUGCUCCUAG